AGUACUGGCCAUCACUGCUUUUGCCUCUCUACACCAGUAUUUCCCGUCUAAUCAGGACACUCUGUAAGUAUGAGAUGUUUAGCGUUUUACAUAGCUUUUAGCCUGUCCCUAUAAAGGCUAUACUUCACGUUACUGUUUGAUGAGAAGCAGUCCGUAUAUAUUGCUGUUCGGUGAUUUCGAACUUUUACUGAUCACUAUUUGCAAUACUGAUUGAAUCCUCCAAAUGUGUUUGAUGUUUUACGAUCUAUGAACUCAAGGUCACAUCUAGCAGCAUAAGUCUCAGAUCAAGUCCCAUUUCAACCAACACAGUUAGAAAUGUAAAAUAACGACGACGAGUAGGUAGAAGUACCGAUUUUCUUGAAGGAAAGGUGUAACAAGUGUGAGUAGACGUUGAUAAUAAAUGAAAAUGUAAAACUCCUUUUCAGCCUUCCACAAUGAUGAAAAUUAUCGCCCUUGUUGCCUGUUUGGCUGUGGCUGCCUUUGCUGAGCCUUUGAGCUAUGGCAUGACAGGACUCAACGGAAAAGCUGGUCUGUACGGUGGCUACGGAGUGGGAGGUCUGUACGGAGGUUAUGGAGUGGGAGGUCUAUACGGAGGCUACGGAAUUGGAGGUCUCUACGGAGGCUACGGAAUUGGAGGUCUAUACGGAGGCCACGGAAUGGGAGGUCUGUACGGAGGAUACGGAAUUGGAGGUCUCUACGGAGGCCACGGAAUGGGAGGACUGUACGGAGGAAUUGGAGGUUUCGGAAAAGGUCUUGGAUAUGGCUACUACUAGGACUGCUGUUCCACUGUCACAAUUCAUC